GCGAGCUUUUGGUUUCCAAAAUAGAAAGUUCAUCACCGACUCUCUUCCAAUUUUCUCUGAUGGGGAGGCCAUCAUCCACCAUCCACAUACCGGAGAGACGACACCGUUCCGAUCACGAGAACGGCCGGUACCCACCGCACUCCGACUCAUCCGGCGACAACCGAUACCAGCGUCGCAGCCCCAGCUACGAAAACUACGACCGCUACGACAACCGCCGCCACCGAAACCCCUCGGGAACGCCCCCUAGACGAAGCCCUAGGGGCAACGGAGGAGGCCCGGAAUCCUUGGCUCGGCGUCGCAGCCCCAGCUAUGAGGACUACGAGCGGCACGACAACCGCCGUCACCGAAAUCGCUCGGGCUCGCCCGAUUACCCGAACCCUAGACGAAGCCCUAGGGCUAAUGGGGGGCCGGACUCUCUGCCGAAGAAAUUCGGGCGUGGCAGGAACCGUCUGGACCGGAAUGGAGGACGGGAGGAAUCGGAGGAGUCCGACGAGGAGCUGAAGGGGCUGAGUUUCGAGGAGUACAGGAGGCUCAAGAGGCAGAAGCUGAGGAAAUCGGGGAAGUUUUGUAUUUGGGAAUUGACGCCCAGCCCGCCUAGGGUUGAGAACGAUGAGUUCGAAUUCGUGGGUAAGGCUGAUGUGAUUUCGGAGCGGUAUGGCGAGGAGGAGAAUAUUGAAUCGCAGGACAAGAAGAAAGAGAAGGAGAAGUCCGAGUCUGAAUCCAAAUCCGAUUCUGAAUCGGAGGAUUUGAGGUCGAGGAAAAGGAAGAAGAGUUCGGGUUCGAAGCGCAGGAGUAGGAAAUCGAGAUAUAGUGAUAGUGAAUCGGAGAGUGAGAGCGAAAGUGAUGAUGAAUCGGAUGAAGAGGAGGAUCGUAGAAUGAGAAAGAAGUCGAAAAGUAGGAGUAAGAGAAGCAGGAGCAGAAGAGAAAGGAGAAGAAAGAGGAAGAGCAGGCGUAGUAGCAGUAGCGAGUCGGAUGAGAGCGAAGACAGUGAUAGUGAGGUUUCAGAUUCGAAGAAGAAGAAGAAGAAACAGCGAAAGUCUCUCAGUCGGAGUAAGAAGAAAGAGUCGGAAACUGAAAUGGAGAGUGAGAAAUCGGACUCGGAGAAGGGUUUGGAUUCUGAGGUUGAUGCCAUGGCUGCUACUUUAGUGGAAGAGGAGAUGAUGAAGGAUGAGAGUAAUGCGGAGGCAUUGAAGUUUAAGGAGAUUUUCGAGGCUCAGAAGAAGCUGUCAUUGGACGAUGAACCAGUGGUUGGGCCAAUGCCCUUGCCUAGAGCUGAAGGGCAUAUUAGUUAUGGUGGGGCUCUGAGGCCUGGUGAAGGUGAUGCCAUUGCACAAUAUGUUCAGCAAGGGAAGCGUAUUCCGCGGAGAGGAGAAGUGGGUCUUUCGGCUGAUGAGAUUCAGAAGUUUGAGAACCUUGGGUAUGUAAUGAGUGGUAGUAGGCACCAGAGAAUGAAUGCCAUUCGUAUUAGGAAGGAAAACCAGGUUUACAGUGCUGAGGACAAGCGGGCUUUGGCCAUGUUCAACUACGAGGAGAAAGCUAAGCGCGAGCACAAGGUCAUGGCAGAUUUGCAGCGGCUGGUUCAGCGCCAUAUUGGGCAGGAUGUCGGACCUACUCAUGACCCUUUUUCCGGGAAGGAAAAAGAGAUUGCUGAUGCUUAGUUUCAUUUGGAAGUUAUGGUCUGCUUAUGAUACUGGAAGGUCUGGCCAAUACCAAACCUAUCUGAAGUUGGGAUCGCCCACAGAAUACAAAAGCCGGGUGCUCGCUAUUUGAUCACAAGUUUCUUGCGCAACAAGCACCACCCCAAUAGCAUCGGGCAGAGUGAGUUCGAGCAUGCUAACUGGGACUUCGAUGAUAGGACAAAACAAACACUUUGGUGGAGAUUAUGAAUUGAAGCUUUCAAUCUUAUUGCACAAUACGAGUAAUCACCGUGCCUCGAUAGCAAUUAAAGCUUAAUGUAACAAUGUCGAAAUGAGCAAAUUCGGAAACAUCACCGCUGUGUUUGACGACAGUGGAGACUUUUAAGAAUACAGAAGAGAUGGAGUCGGAUUUCUUUGACGGUUUGUACUCCUAAUUUCUUGUUCAAUCGAAGGUGACCAAGAGUUUCAUGUGUGUAAUUUUGCUGAUCAUGUAUGUAACGAUGCUUGCUUGGUAUCA